AUGAACAAAAACAGUAUUAAUAAAGGAAUAAUUUCUUAUAUGUAUUUAGAAAAUUUCGUAACUUAUAAUAGCGUUUCUCUAAAACCUGGGAGAAAUUUAAAUGUAAUUAUUGGACCUAAUGGUACUGGUAAAUCUACAAUUGUUUGUGCCAUUGUUCUUGGAUUAGGUGGUAAACCUACUACCAUUGGGCGUGCAACUCAUGUAGCGGAAUAUGUUAAAGCAGGAUGUGAACAAGCAAAGAUUGAAAUACAUCUUACAAAUGGACAGAAGGAUGACAUUGUCAUUUGUAGACAAUUUAAUAUACAGGGGAAAUCUUCUUGGUUAUUAAAUGGAAAUUCUUCAAACAUUAAAGAAAUACAAAAUCUAACAAAGACCUUAGAUAUUCAGGUGGAUAAUCUUUGUCAAUUUCUUCCACAAGACAAAGUUCAAGAUUUUUCUAAAAUGAAUGCACAAGAAUUAUUAGAAAAUACAGAAAGAUCAGUGGGUGAUCCUAUAAUACUUGAACAUCAUACAAACUUAAUAGACUGUAGAUCAGAACAUAAACAGUUGGAGUCACAGAUUACAAGUAAAAAAAGAUUAUUAGAAUCAAAAUCUCAGAUAUACGAAGGACUAAAAGAAAGUGUUAGCAGUAUAAAAGAAAGGAAAUUAAUAAAGAAAAAAAUUAUAUCUUUGAAGCAGAAAAAGGCAUGGAUGAUAUAUGAACACAAACGUGCAGAACUGUUUCAGUUAAAAAGCAAAAUGGCAGCUGCACGUAAAACAGUAAUAUCUUUAGAAUCAGAGAUAAAACCUAUUAAUGAUUUAAUAGAAAAACUAAAAUCAAAGAUUCACUCACUUCAGAGCUCUCAGGCAGAUGUUAAUAAUAAAGUGAGAAUUAAGACUUCGAAGAUGAAAGGAAUGUUGAAUGAUAUUUUGGAAUUCGAGAAUGGUAUUAAAGAACAUGAAACUGCAUGCAAACACAGAAUUCAAGUAGAAGAAGCACGGGAUCAUGAUAUUGAUGUAGUUAAGCAACAAAAAAAUAAACUUGAGGAUGAUUUGUCUUUGAUAUUAAAGGGCAUUGGGUCUGAGGACACCUUAAUGAAACAGCAAAAAGAAAUAUCGUCCAAUAUAGAAAAGCAUAGGAGUAUCAUUGCCAUGCUAACAAGUAAACAUUCCGCGUUAAGACAACAAGAGGAAAGUAUGAAUCUAGAAAUCAGAGCUCAGGAAACGGAACUCCAACUUCUUAAUAUUGAUGCUAAACGAUUGCAAUUAUUAAGGGAGAGAUCAUUGGAUACAUAUAAAGCGGUACAUUGGUUAAGAGACAACCGCGAUAAGUUUUCUGGGAUAAUACACGAACCGAUAUUGCUCAACAUAAAUGUAAAAGAUGCUUCAUACGCAAAAUACUUAGAAAAUACUAUUCCGUAUCGCGAUUUAAUCGCGUUCGUUUGCGAAAACAAGAAAGACAUGAAUUUAUUAUUACAUUUCUUAAGAGGCGAGCAGAAAUUACAAGUAAAUGCUGUACAUUCUGAUCCCACGAAACAUAUUUCCAUGGAACCAAAUGUUCCUUUAGAACAUAUUAAACAGUUCGGUUUUACUCAUUAUUUAGCGUCACUGAUUGAAACACCGAGCACUAUUAUGAAAUAUUUAGUAACUAUGUAUAAUUUAAAUAAUAUACCCGUAGGAACAAAUCUUGUUGAUGAUAAUAUUGAUUCUAUACCCCACAAUAUACGUUACUACUUCAGUCGAAAUAAUGCGUAUUCAGUCAAUAGAUCUAAAUACACAGGGGAGAAAUCUACUACAAUGCGAUCAGUUUCAAGCAAUGGAAUGUUAUCUAUUGUAUUAGAUAAAUCUAAGUUAUCAAACAUUGAACAAAAGUUGACAAGAUUAAAGAAAGAAAAAGUUAAUGCACUUAAUAAAAUGAAAGAAAUCGAAGAACAAAUGUGUGAAGAGAAUAAAAAAUUAGAUGAGCAUAGAGCUAGUAGAAAUAAGAUUCAACAGGAUUUCCAACAAGUACAAGCUUUGAAAUCUAGAAUAUCUAUGGUGGAGAAGAAAAUUGAAAGUCUAGAAAAUGAACGUACCAGUAUUGAUAAAAUAAAAGAGCUUUAUACUAAUAAAAUUAAGGAUAUUUUGAACAAACAACUAAGAAUGUAUAGAACAUACAAUAAAGAGUUCGAGGAAUAUUAUAAAUACACUAUAGAAAAUGAACAAACCGAGUUAAUAUUAAAACUACAAAAUAGAUCACUGAGAAUGAAAAUAAAUGAUUCUCAGGAUAUGAGAGAUAAACUUAAGAUAGAAGAGGAGAAAGUACGACAAAUUAGUUUAGAAUUGAAUCCAAUGAAAAAUGAAACACAAAGGAUUUACAAUGAAGCAUUGCAAACUACUAAUGGCAUUAGUCCUACAGAUGAAAGGUUUGCCUCUCUGGAUAAGAUUUUCAAUAAAUUGCCACCAACCAUUGAAGAACUUAAUAAUGAACUUAAUAUCGCGCAAGCAAAAGUUUUUUGUAUGGGAAACAAUAUAGAUGGUGAAAACAUAUUACGCGAAUACGAAGAUAUUGAAAAAACCAUCGUAAACUUGAAGGAAUUCAUUCAGAAAGAAACACAACAUUUAGAAACACUUCAACAAAGGAUGAAUAUGUUGCGAGAAGAAUGGCUAAAACCUCUUUCGAGCAUUGUUGACAAGAUUAAUUCAAACUUUAGCUCAUAUUUUUCGGCAAUGAAUUGCGCUGGCGAAGUUACGUUAGCUCAACCAGAAAAUAACAUGGAUUUUGAUCAGUAUGGCCUAAAAAUCAAAGUAAAGUUUAGGGAUACUGAUCAAUUACAUGAAUUGACAAGACAUCAUCAAAGUGGUGGAGAAAGAGCAGUGACCACUGCUAUUUAUAUGAUUUCACUUCAAGAACUUACUAGAGUACCUUUCCGAUGCGUAGAUGAAAUUAAUCAGGGUAUGGAUGCAGUAAACGAAAGGCGAGUAUUUGAUUUACUCGCACGAAUGACUGGAAGACCAAAUAGUUCGCAAUAUUUUUUGCUUACUCCAAAACUGCUACCUAACUUACAAUAUUCUAAAACAGUGACUGUGCAUUGUGUAUUUAAUGGACCGUUUAUGAUUAACCAUACACAGUUCAAUACCGAAGAUUAUUGCAAACAUGUUGUUAAAACGUUGGAAAAAGAGAAUAUUAUUGAUGAUUAACUAUCAUUGUUCUCCUCAGGAUAUAUUUAUAAUGUUGCAUAAUUUUAGAGUAUGUAAAUCAGAGUUAUACAAUUAUUCAUAGUUCAUAUAUUUUUACAGAACGUUUAAUA